AUGGACAGCCUGGAGGAGCCUACUGGGUGCCCCGCCCGAGGAAGGUGUCCUGUGUUCCUGGCCAUGAGCUCAGGGACCGUCUGCUACUCCCCAUCAGGCAUGUGCCCUGCAUUUGAAGGGAACUUGAGAGAGGAGCCCUGGGACACAGACAGCCAGCCCCCCACGGAGGAGGGCCGCCCGCCACCCCUUGGGGCUGUUCCAGGCCCCUGGAAAACCAUCAGCCUCUGCAAAGCCCACAGGGAGCCCCCGGGCGCCCUGGCAGAGUCCUCGGCAGGGGAGGGCCCUGCAGCUGCCCAGCUGGACGUGGCCCGGCUGCGAAGCUCCUCCGUGGAGAUCCGUGAGAAGGGCUCGGAGUUCCUGAAGGAGGAGUUAUGCAAAGCACAGAAGGAGCUGAAACUGAAGGAUGAAGAGUGUGAACGGCUGUCGAAGGUACGCGAGCAGCUGGAAGAGGAGCUGGAAGAGCUGACGGCCAGCCUGUUUGAGGAAGCCCACAAGAUGGUCCGGGAAGCCAACAUGAAGCAGGCAGCGUCAGAGAAGCAGCUGAGGGAGGCGAGAGGCAAGGUGGACACGACCCUAUUUGCAGAGUUCCAAGCCUGGAGGGAGUCACCCACCCUGGACAAGACUUGUCCCUUCCUGGAAAGGGUAUACCGAGAGGACGUGGGUCCCUGCCUGGACUUCACAAUGCAGGAGCUCUCAACAUUGGUACGGGCCGCCGUGGAGGACAACACACUCACCAUCGAGCCUGUGGCUUCACCGGCGCUGCCUGCAGUGAAGGUGGCGGCAGUCGAGUGUGACGGCACCAACACGUGUGCCCUGAGUGGGCUGGCCCGUGCCUGCCGCCACCGCAUCCGGCUUGGUGACUCUGAGAGCCACUACUACAUCUCGCCGUCCUCCCGGGCCAGGAUCACAGCAGUGUGCAAUUUCUUCACCUACAUCCGAUACAUCCAGCAAGGCCUCGUGCGGCAGGACGCGGAGCCCAUGUUCUGGGAGGUCAUGAGGCUGCGGAAGGAGAUGUCGCUGGCCAAGCUGGGCUUCUUCCCUCACGAGGCCUAG